CCAACACGGAGGAAGUUGAAGCCAACCUGGGCUAGACGGUAAGACCUGGGGGCAGGGUUGCCUAACAUACAAAAAUAUCACAAGUCUUUUCUUAUGAUAAAUUUGAGGGCAGUAACAAGAUGUGUGGCUCUUAUCUCUGUUCAGCUCUGGAAUUUAAUAAGCUACUUUCCUCAUCUGUAGGUAGAAAAAAAUAACUGUCUCAUAGGCAUCCAAUGAGCUGGUGCUUGGUGGAUUAGCAAUAGUCCUAUGUAGUUCUGUGUCUUUCCUUCCCAUGGCAUCAGAAGCUGCUUCUGGGUAGGAAUCCCUUCGUUUCAUAAUCUAGCUAGCAUAGUGUGGGGCAUUUGAGCCCCGUAGAUUUGUUGAUAGUGAGCACUAGCCUGAACUUUUCUCUCUGUUGGACAUUUGAGGGUUUUCUCAACUUUUUGCUAUUAGCAACAUACAUCUCAAAACCCUUCUAUGUACAUUGCCUAAUUUGGCCUGCAUCCCCUGUGAAGCAGGCGGAAGAGCUGUUUGCCAUGCCCACACUCUGAGACAGAACAACUGUGGCUCAGCGAAGGCACUUCUGUCACAUCGUGUGUGUAUCCGUGACGACAGAACGUCUGGCCCUGCCUCUCGCCCCUACCUUCACAGACCUCUUCUCCUUCUAGCUGUUGCUUGCUUCCUCAGAGGGCUCUUCGAAAGUGGAGCCUGCAGUGGUGAGCCUGGUCUGAGGGCAGCGCCUUUACCCAGUGGUCCCUGCGGGGUAUCAUGAGCUGUGAGCUCCCAGAUGAGCCCUGAAAUCAAACAUCUUAUUCCCAACACAUCCAGGGCUCUAUUUUCCCAGAAUGAGGAGCCUCUUAGAAAAGGGCCAAUAUGCCAAGUCCCCCCCCUCGUCAUCCCCCUCACGCACGCUAUUCCCCCUGUAAAAGGGUGAGGAGACAACUGUCAGUGUCCAGGAGGAGGUACUUUGGCUAAAAAUAGCUAUGGCGUGUGGAUCAACCAGAGUGGUACCCAGGACUGGGAAAGGGAGGGCGCCGCUGUGGAGCUGUAGCCAGACUGGUUGCCAUGGAAACGAGAGAGGAGCAGGGGAACCUGGGAAGUGGGGAUGACACAGAUACCAAGUCCUAGUCUGAGCUGCUGCACAUUAGGAGAAACAGCAGUGUCUGCGGCUCCCACUCUCAGAGGGGACCCAUGGUAGCCGGGAGAUGGUGUCAGGGACAUGGGCACCAACCCCCAAGGGUCUCUGCUGCUGGCUCCUCUCCUCUCCAGGCUCUGGGACCCUAAGCGCCUAGGGAAGGACUCUGGACAUCCGUCUCUCAGGGAAGACUGCAACUCAGAGUGCAUCUCAGGGGGAAGAAUUUGAAACCAAACCAGUCCCCGCAGGAUUCCGGCUGCGGCCGCCAUGGCGCAGGAGAAUGCCGCUUUCUCGCCGGUGUCGGAGGAGCCGCCCCGGCGCCGUGGCCGCCAGCGCUACGUGGAGAAGGACGGGCGCUGCAACGUGCAGCAGGGCAACGUGCGCGAGACCUACCGCUACCUGACCGACCUGUUCACCACGCUGGUGGACCUGCAGUGGCGCCUCAGCCUGCUCUUCUUCGUGCUCGCCUACGCGCUCACUUGGCUCUUCUUCGGCGCCAUCUGGUGGCUCAUCGCCUACGGCCGCGGCGACCUGGAGCACCUGGAGGACACCGCGUGGACCCCGUGCGUCAACAACCUCAAUGGCUUCGUGGCCGCCUUCCUCUUCUCCAUCGAGACCGAGACCACCAUCGGCUACGGGCACCGCGUCAUUACCGACCAGUGCCCCGAGGGCAUCGUGCUGCUGCUGCUGCAGGCCAUCCUGGGCUCCAUGGUGAACGCCUUCAUGGUGGGCUGUAUGUUCGUCAAGAUCUCGCAGCCCAACAAGCGGGCCGCCACGCUGGUCUUCUCCUCGCACGCCGUGGUGUCUCUGCGCGACGGCCGCCUCUGCCUCAUGUUCCGCGUGGGCGACCUGCGAUCCUCGCACAUCGUCGAGGCCUCCAUCCGCGCCAAGCUCAUCCGCUCACGCCAGACGCUCGAGGGCGAGUUCAUCCCUUUGCACCAGACUGACCUCAGCGUGGGCUUCGACACGGGGGACGACCGCCUCUUCCUCGUCUCACCUCUCGUCAUCAGCCACGAGAUCGAUGCCGCCAGCCCCUUCUGGGAGGCGUCUCGCCGCGCCCUCGAGAGGGACGACUUCGAGAUCGUGGUCAUUCUAGAGGGCAUGGUGGAGGCCACGGGGAUGACCUGCCAAGCUCGAAGCUCCUACCUGGUAGAUGAAGUGCUGUGGGGCCAUCGGUUCACAUCUGUGCUCACCCUGGAGGACGGCUUCUACGAGGUGGACUACGCCAGCUUCCACGAGACCUUUGAGGUGCCCACACCCUCAUGCAGUGCCAGGGAGUUGGCAGAAGCUGCAGCCCGCCUCGAUGCCCAUCUCUACUGGUCCAUCCCUAGCAGGCUGGAUGAGAAGGUGGAGGAAGAGGGGGCUGGGGAGGGAGCAGGUGGGGACGAUGGGGCUGACAAGGAGCAGAAUGGCCGCCUGCCACCCCCAGAGAGUGAGUCCAAGGUGUGACUGGUUUUCUCCAGACCCCUGUGGCAGACCAGGGGGCUAGACGCAGGUACGUGGGAGCUGCAGGAUGGUGAUGGAAGAAGAGGAGGCAGCCAAUGUCCCAAGGGAUGGCUACAGUUGGGAGAGGCCCACUGAGCCCAGGAUCCGGCAGGGAAGGAAGAAGUCCCGGUUUGAAGAGAAGAGAGGAUGGGGGUAAAAGCACCCGUCAGUCUCUCUGUGUUUGACCUUCACAUCUGUUUGUGGGUGGAAGGAUGGGCCUACGGGGUUGAAUGGGAAGGUGGAGCAGACAGAGACAGCCAUAUGGACAGCUUGGGUGGCAAAUGGACCAAGAGUUGGUGAAGUCAGUCCUGCCUCAACCCGCAGCACACCUUCAUGCGAAACCUACCAGUACCCUUUUCUUCCAGACAGAGGCAGCCUCAAAGCAGGGGACACGGCUAAACCAGCGUGCCCGGCUUAAGGGGGUAGAGUGACACAUGAAUCACCGCAGCCACUCACCUCCUUAGCUGGCCUCCCACGUGUGACACACCUGUCUAGACAAAGCAGUCACUGCUGAGCCAGAGAAGAGAAAACUGGGUGCAUGAGGGCACAGGUGUGACCAUAUCCAGCUUCACUACCCCACUAUGAUAGGCUUAGAAAGGUGUCCACAGCCUUAAACCUCAGGGUAUAGGCAAACAAGCAAAGGGGGUAGAUACUGAGCAGGGGCCCUGGAGCAGGACCAGGAGAGACCCGAGGACAACUAUUUUGUGAACCUUGAAGGGGAAGAAAGGCCCUGGGAGACUUAAUAAGUGGUUUUAUGAGGGAAGCCUGAUCCUGGGGAAAGUAGUUUAUCCUUGGGACAUAGUGACAAGGGCCCAUUCAAAAUAGCAUUGGGUAUCAAUCAGGUGUGUAUUCAAACACCUGGUCCUAACAGCAGAGCACUACGCAGGUGGAGAUCAGAAAGGCCCCACAGCAACUGAAGGAAGUGUGGCUCAUACUAGGAGCCCACCGGAAGCUCUUCCGGCAAGAAAAGGGUAUUAGCAACCCGGAAACUAAGGCUUGAGUAAGGCAGGGAGAAUGGUGGGAACUGGCAGUUACAGAGCUUUGCGUCACUCACCUGGAGGGCUUGUUAAAACAGAUUGCUGGGUCCCACUCCCAUCAUUCUGACUCAGUAGGUCCGGGAUGGAAACCAAAAACCUGCAUGUCUAACUAGUUCCCAGAUCUGACAGGUUCCUGGAUGGUGCUGACACUGUUAGUCUGGGGACUGCACUGGAAUGAGGCGAGGUAGAAGCUGCAGGUGCCGAAAAGAAGCCAGGGACAGAAAGAUGAGGAGGGAAAUGUCGAGGAAAGGGACCCAGGUCCAGGCUGAAGAACUUGGUAACUCUAGGUCCCAGAACGGAAACGUCAGCGGUAACUGGCCAGUGACACCGGAGGUGGCGUCACAGAGACAGGUGGAAACAAUAAGAAGGCCUUUAGGGGACUCCUGAGGAGGCAGCGAGCAGCUGAGGCUCAGUGGGCUUCAACACAAAGGACAGAUUCGCCAGCAGGGCUGACAAGCAAAGUUGACUAGAGGAGAAAACGGAGCUUAUACUUCCGGGUAUCUGCAGCCUGCCCUCCUGCCAGGACAGGGAACCCUGGGCCUGGAGACACAUACUCCCACCCCACUGCAUCCCGGCCUUGUCCCCAGUCAUCUCGGGACGGUGAGGGGAGAGCAAUGGCAAGGUGAGGGGCAGAAGAUCAAAGGCUCGAAGCUGGCCCCUGGAGCGAAGGGUAGCCCAGUGAACGUAUCCUCUGACGGGGCUAGUUCAAACCUGGCUACACCCACUCCCGUCCUUGAAUAAAGGUCUGCUGCUCUGUUCCAGGCUAAGAAGCCAGCAUCCAGUGGGACACCGUGCCUCCUUCCCAGUGCCCAUCUCAGCUUGGUCCAUUCAGAGGAUGCAAGCUGUCACCUCUCCCCUUCAGCCUAACUCUGGACUCGGGUUUCAGGACCACUUGGGUCACCCUCAAAAAUGAGGUCCUUGAACAAGUAUCAGCUGGAGUCCCGCAUACACAUAUUGGGCUAGAGCACAGGGAGAGGCCAGGGUUUGAAUUCUGGGGAAAAGGUGGAAUCUGCGCGAGAGGGGGUGGGGUGCUUGGCAUCCUCAUACAAAGCAUUAGAGUGGAGACACUGAAGCUGCUCCUGGAAGUCGCUGAGACGCCGCCACCCGGGGCACCACUGUCCGGGACAGUCAGGAGACCUGUGUUCUAGUGCCUGUGCUGACUGUCACUAAUUACCUCCAUGACUCUCAGCAAGACACACUACUUCUCUGGGCCUCAGUUCCCUUAUCUGUAAAAAAUGAUACUUGGCAAACUCGUGAUGCUCAAUAAAUGUUAAAUUACUAAAUGAAAAA